AUGAGAUUUUCCAUAAGCUGGGUUAAAACUGCAACCUUAGUGGAUUCUAUUAAAAGGUUCAAGACUUGGCUUGGAGGUUUAGCCAAUCUGAGUGGAGAUCCAUACAUUAAAAGAACGAUUGGAAUUAUCACCACUGCUCGCGUCUGUCCUGAUAGUAGAGAGAUUCUUGGAGAAUUGAGAGCUGCCGAGCCGUUCAAUAUCGACACCAAAACCCCGGCAUUUGCUUCCAACACGCUGAGUCGCGAGUCUCUUAUCAAUAGCAUCCAGACCUCUCUCUUACUACUCGGCACCGGAAAGGUGAACGUCUAUUACAUCCAUGCCCCAAACAGUUCCACUUCUAUCGAGAAGACAGUGGAUGUUCUUCAGGGGUUGCACGGUCAGGGCAAGUUCGAACGCUUGGGUUUGUCCAAUGUUUCACCAGAGGAUAUUCGAAAGAUAAAUGCUUAUGCAAAGUCCAAGGGAGGAGUUGUGCCCACUGUAUAUCAAGGCAACUACAGUGCCUUCGCUCGCACGAUUGAGAGGGAUCUCUUCCUCACGCUGCGCGAGCUUGGUAUCGCCUUCUACGGAUACUCACCCAUCACUGGUAGCUUCUUUUCUAAGUACCCUGAAGAUCUUGAGAACAAGACGGCAACCGGCAGGUUCGACAUGUCGACGUUUGGUGGUCAGAUGUACAAUCACAUGUAUACGAAGCCCACCAUGAUUGAAGCCUUGGGGCAGUGGAUCAAGAUUGCGGAUCAAGCAGGCGACUCAAGUGUUAAUCUGGAUUAUCGAUGUGCGAUCUUUCAUUCCAAACUCGAUUUCAGGGCUGGUGACGCAAUUAUACUUGGAGCAAGUCGGGCCGCACAGCUAGAGAAGACAUUAGCGGUGCUUUAUGCGGGUCCUCUAAAGGAAAAGACUGUAAAGCAGAUUGACGAACUGUGGAGCUUGAUUGAGAAAGAUAAUCCUUUAGACAACUACAACUUGUUUGUAAAGGAUUUUAUGUAA